CCUGUUGAUUGUUGAUUGAUUGAUUUUUAUAGAUUAUUGAUUAAUUAUCGGUUAUUGAUUUUUCUGUUCCAGCGUCAGACAGUGACCAUGACUCCACGUACACGGCUCCCGGCAGAAUCGGCCCGCGACCCCGACCGACCUCCCCAACCUCGGACGCCGGCUGCCAGACGGACCCGGAGUUCGCUUUCUCCGACACAGAAGUGCAGACCGACGGGCUGGACAAGUUUGCAUACAACAGAAGAGACCCGACCUCAGUGGAGAACUUCAAGAGCCAGAUUGAGACCAUCGUCACGGCGAUGGCACAGCCCAUUGUGUCAGCGGCUCUUGCAGCAGAGAGGCAGCAGCAGUCCCAGAUGCCUCAGAAUGGCUCUAACCCUCCGUCGUCGGGCGUCGCCAGCAGCCUGGGCAUGGCCCUCAGGGUUGCCGAGGACGUGGUGGACUCUGCCAUUGAGAAGGCGGGGAAGAUAGCACGGCCACUUCCCACCACCAGAACAUCCACUAACGGUGAUGGUGACAGUGGUGUUGAGGGUUCGGAGUGGGAUAGCAUGGAUGAACAGCUGAUGGAAGAGUUGCUAACCGACGUGAAGGCCCAGUGCCUGAGGAAACUGGCUGGCGCUAUAGUGGAGGAGAUGGGGAUACAGACAGAGCGGGACGGUCCAUUCCUGGCUCCUGUGCAGGAGGAGAGGGAGGAGGAGGCUGAGACAGAUGGCUCGGCGUUCCGGCCGCUGUCAGACCGGCUACGGAGGAAACGCGAAGAGAGUGUCAGGAAGGUGGAGCUGGACAACGAACCAGCUCUGCUGUAUGAAGGUAAGAAGAGAAAGGGUUACGUGGACCCAAAGAAGGGAAGCAUGCUGGCUAGAGCAGACCUGGACUCUACUCUGGCAUCUAUAAUUGGGGAGGAAGCCCCUGAACAGAAGGCGGAGUUCACGACGGAAAUGAAGUUCACAGCCGUGUACAAGACCAACGAUUCAGCUGUCAGUGGGAAGGAAUCACCCACAGGGUCCAUCGACAGAGACGAUCUUCUAGACGAAGACCAGAACUGGAUGAUCCCGGAGCCCCGGCCAAAGCGACUUCUCUCACGAAAAAUCAGCGGAAGCAUUGAGGCACUAAACUCGGAAACGCCUCUGGACAAAACUCCGUACGACGACCAGGAUUCUGUCGUCAGCGAACCUGAAGAGAAAGAAGGCUCCGACGACGAUACAAUCGUGUUAGAAAAAGAGUCGAGGACACCGACAAACGGUUCACUUUCACCCGGCGAGAUUCGUAAAUCAGACUUUGAACCAGAUCAGGUACAGAAAUACGAAAAAGAGUGGCAAAAGAACAAAAACUAAGGAAGAAGAGGGAACUAGAAACAAAGUCUUCACACAACGAUUCGUGCGAUCACGAUAAAACUUCCCUGCAGAAAAAAGUGCAAGCGACAUCCAAACAACAGAAUGUGGACAAUGAAGAGCCAGCGGAUGAUUUUAACCUAAACAAGUUGGUGCACAUACACGGACAGUUGGACAGUCUCGACACGCAACUUAAAGGAGUUUCCACAAACUCUGCAAGAACAGGGAAAACGAAAAAGAGUCCAAAGGAAAGAAAGUCGUCGGAAGAAGGAUAUUAUUCUGCAAAAGGAGAGUCGAUUUCCUCGCCUAGAUCUGAGGUUACGGAAGAAU